GGUCCACCAUGUGGAAAAUAUUAUCCAAAUGUGGUUUACAAGCGAGAAACAACUAGGACUCACAUGCACAUUCGACUUAUAUAUACAAAAUGUUGCUUUUUUAUCAGAAAAGCUUCUUUAAACAAAAGAAGAGAAUGGGUUCUAAGUUUGGAAUCGGCUCCUUGAGCAUUGUAAUGAUCAGUCUGCUUCUUUCUUUGGCUCCAAAACUUGAGGCCGAGCUCACAACGGUCGAACAAGCUCCAAAAUCUGAUGGCUCUAUCAGUUUCUUGGUGAUUGGAGAUUGGGGAAGACGUGGAUUCUACAACCAGUCCCAAGUUGCCCUCCAGAUGGGAAGAAUCGGGGAGAAGAUGGAUAUCAAUUUUGUGGUAUCGACAGGCGAUAACAUUUACGAUAACGGGAUGAAAAGCAUCGACGAUCCCGCCUUUCAACUCUCCUUCACCAAUAUAUAUACUUCUCCUAGCUUGCAAAAACCUUGGUACAUUGUUUUGGGGAAUCACGACUAUAGAGGAGAUGUUGAAGCACAGCUGAGUCCUUUCCUAAGAUCAAUGGACAGCCGUUGGAUUUGCAUGAGGUCCUUCAUCGUAGACGCUGCAGAGAUUGCAGAGCUCUUCUUUGUCGACACAACUCCUUUUGUAGAUGCUUAUUUCCUCAAUCCACAAGGCCAAACUUACGACUGGAGAGGCGUAUCACCGCGAGAGUCUUAUCUUCAGACCAUCUUAACAGACUUGGAUAUGGGUCUAAGAGAAUCAAGAGCAAAGUGGAAAAUUGUGGUGGGUCAUCAUGCCAUCAAGAGUGCUUCCAUUCAUGGGAAUACCAAAGAGCUUGAAUCUCUCCUCUUACCCAUCCUUGAGGCGAAUAACGUUCAUCUCUAUGUGAACGGUCAUGAUCAUUGCUUGCAACAAAUCAGCACAUCUCAGAGUCCAAUUCAGUUUAUAACGAGUGGUGGUGGGUCAAAGGCAUGGAGAGGCUAUUACAAUUGGAAAACACCAGAGGAUAUGAAGUUUUUCUACGAUGGACAAGGUUUCAUGUCGGUUAAGAUCACCAGAACCGAAAUGGGUAUCGUUUUUUAUGAUGUCUCCGGCAAUAUUCUGCACAAGUGGGACACAUCAAAAAUGUUGUACACGGAUUUAGAAUUCCCAUUGUAAUUCAUUGUAAAUCACAAGAAAAAUCAACUUGAAGCAACUAUCUACAUAGGCCUAUGAUGUAACGAGUGCCUCGAAAAUUAAAAAAAAAAACGAGAGAAAACUAAC